AUUUCUUUGGUUCGAUGAAAUUUUGUUCUCAGUGUGCGAAAGAGAUCCGAAUGGACUCUAGAAUUGGGUUCCAGGUCCCAACCAGCGUUCGCGAACGCCGUUUCUGGGUUGCGUUAAAACUACAUUUUUCUCUCCUCUCUUAUUCCGCGCCUCUCCCAUUGAAUAUUCGCCCUAACGAGCUCCCGUGAUCUUUCGAAAUCCUCUCGAGAAUUCACUCCGCCGGGCGCCCGUCCUCCCGUUUCUCUCUCCCGCGUCGUCGGUCUUCUCGCGGGCUUCGGCUCGGUUUUACCUCGGUUUUAGCAUGGUUCGAUCCGGGGGUAUUCGCGGUCUAUAAAUUCAUUGUCCCUCCCCUUGCGCUCCGAACAAAAUCGGCCGAAUUGGCGCGUGGAUGACCCCCUUGCGAACGUCGCACCUCGACCGAGUUCCUCCACCCGAGUCGGUUUCAUUUUACUCGAUUCCGUCGAAAUUCGCGACUCCUCCGGCUCCCAUGCUCCGCACGCUUCGGGGCGUAUAUUUACCGUAAAGGCUGGGAACGUACCGCGAACGUCGCCUGUAAAUCGCGCUUAAACCCUGCCUUUCCUCUUUUUGCGUUCUCUCGUAUCCCCUGCACGUCGCUCGUUUUUGUCCGCGAAACCUUUAAACGGCGACAGUGCCGGAGGAUCCGUCUCGUCGGGGGUUAUUUCACUUAACCAAGGAUAUCGCGGAAUAAUUGCGAACGGAACUCGGUCCCUUCCGCCUCUCGUCGGGUCCGGUCGGAGGUGACCCCCUGUCCUCCCCCCUCGAUCGGUAGUCGGGCCGGCGGUCCGGCCUCAGUCGCUCGGCGGACGCGAGGCAAGGUGCAUCCGCUACCCAAGCCGGCCGGACCACCGAAGUCGCGUCGUCGCCUCGUGUCCGAAAAACUGCUUCAUGGCUCCACGGCGUGACCUCGCAGCAGGACUCUCGACGAGGACCCGCGGCAACCCCGAGGCGUGAGCGCGUCCUCCGCACCUCCGUCCUGGACGAAAAUGAGAGGCCGUCCGCGGCAGGGCGUUCAUUUGUUCCCGACGAGAUCGACGAACACGAGGAAGGGAGUCGACGAAUAGAGACGAGUCGUUCGGGAGCGCCCAUGCGGACUCAGGACUCGUCCCCUCUGCCCUGAGCGACAUGACCUGACCGCGGGGCGGCGAGAGUCGGCAUGUACAAGGCGCUCCUUCGGCGCGGCUCGGGCCGCGCCUUCGCGUUGUGCGUGGUGGUGGUGUCGCUGCUCCUGUGCCUCUACUACGUCAGCCAGACGCACGCGCCGCCCUCGGGCGCGUCCUCGGCGGCGGGGCAGAGCGAGGCCUCGAGGGACGAGCGGACGGCUAGCUCGCCCGCGCCGCGGCCGGCGGAGGCCCCGGACGGUCGAGCCGCGCCGGCCGCGUGUCCUCUCAUCGAGCCCCGGCCCGCCGACAUAGACGCCCAGGAGGAGUUCGACAAGUUCGACUUCCAGCCGUCGUGGAUGAGGACUCGAGAGUACUGGGACGACAGCUUCGAGGCCCGCUACGCGGAGAUGAAGAAGGACCCCACCAGGCCGCCAUUAAAGGUGAUCCUGGUCCCUCACAGCCACACGGACCCUGGAUGGCUGAAAACCUUCGAGCAGUACUUUCACAGCUCGACGAGGGGGAUCCUGAACAACAUGGUGUCGAAGCUGCAACAGUGGCCCAACAUGACCUUCAUCUGGAGUGAGGUGUCCUUCCUGUCGCUUUGGUGGGAAAGUGCCCAUCCGACGAAGAAAAUGGUGGUGAAGAGACUGGUGAAGGAGGGCCGCCUCGAGGUGACAACCGGUGGUUGGGUGAUGACCGACGAGGCCACGUCGCACGUGUACGCCAUGUUGGAUCAGCUGAUCGAAGGUCACCAAUGGCUGAAGACGAAUCUGGGCGUCACUCCGGAGUCGGGCUGGGCGGUGGACCCGUUCGGGCAUGGAGGGACCAUCCCGUACUUCCUGAAGGCUGCCGGCGCUUCCGGCACGGUGAUCCAGCGGAUUCACUACGCCUGGAAGCAAUGGUUCGCCAAGAAGCAGUUCGGCGACUUCGUGUGGCGUCAGCCCUGGGACCAGACCGGGUCGGCGGACAUGCUUACGCACAACCAGCCCUUCGACAUCUACAACAUCAAGCACUCGUGCGGGCCGCAUCCCCACGUGUGCCUGAACUUUGACUUCAGGAAGAUCCGGGGAGAGUACACGGAGUACUCGGUAAAGGCGGUCGACAUCACCGAGGUGAACGUCAAGCAGAUGGCGGAGCUCCUCCUGGAGCAGUACUCGAGGACGGGUUCGCUGUUUCCGCACAACGUGGUCCUGAUGCCCCUGGGGGACGACUUCCGGUACGACCACCCUAUCGAGUGGGACCAGCAGUACACGAAUUACAAGAUCCUCCUGGACUACAUCAACAGUCGCAAGGACGACUACCACGCCGAGGUCGUUUUCGGCACCCCCCGGGACUACUUCCGCGAGGUGGAGAAGCGAGUGGAAAAGUUCCCGACCUUCAAGGGGGACUUCUUCGUCUACUCGGAUAUCUUCAGUGAGGGCAGACCGGCCUACUGGAGCGGCUACUUCACCACGAGGCCGUACAUGAAGAUCCUGGACCGGGAGCUCGAGGCGAACCUCCGAUCCGCGGAGAUCUUGUACACGGUUGCCUUGAACAUGGCGAAGCAGUCCGGGACGGAUAUAAAGCUCUUCGAGACCUACUUCGAGAAGCUCGUCAAGGCCAGGAGGAAUCUGGGUCUGUUCCAGCACCACGACGCCAUCACCGGUACAUCCAAGUCUUUCGUAAUGAAGGAUUACGCCUUGAAGCUCUUCGAGUCCAUGUCCGACAUGACGAGUCUGCAGAGCUUCGUCAUCCAGUCUCUGGCCGGUGCCGGAGUGAAGGGUAACACCGUCUUCGUCCUGCCCGAGUCGGACCGGGACAGCUACGAGAAGCUGCCGAAGAAGAUCCCGAUAACCGUGAACCCGAAGGAGACCAAGAAGAUCGUCCUGUUCAAUUCCCUCGCUCAGCCGAGGGAAGAGGUGAUCACUCUGAAAGUGACCAGCUACAGGGUCAGGAUUCUGGAUCCUCGGAUGAGCCCUAUAUCUUACCAAAUCGUUCCCGUGAUGAACGCGACUGGUAUAACUCAUGACGUGUACAUCGUGCUCUUCGUGGCCGAUUUGAAGCCCCUGUCCAUCGCCACGUAUCACCUCCAGCAGAUCGAUCGAGUCCCCACCGAGGCCAUGUCCACCGUGUACUGCAACAGGUGCGGCAGAGACAACGUCUUCCCCAUCAAGCCCAUGCAGUCGGGCGACGUGCAGCUGGAGAACCAGCGCAUGAAGCUGCUCUUCGACGGUCAGUCGGGAUUCCUGAAAAGAGUCACUCGUAAGUCGACGGGGAAGAUCAUGCAAUGCGCGAUACAAUUUGCGGCGUAUCCGUCCGCUCAGUUCCACAGCGGGGCGUACCUCUUCAUGCCCGACCCGAAUCUGCGCGACACCGACAAGGACGUGCUGGAGGCCUACACGCCGCACCAGAAGAUCUACAUAGUCUCCGGCUCCCUGAGCUCCAGACUCACCGUCGAGUACGGGAAGCUCCUAACUCACCACGUGGCCAUCUACCACCAGGAAGGCGGCCUUUCGGAGGCCAUCUACCUCAGGAACAUCGUCGACUUCGAGACUCCGCCGAAGAACAGGGAGACCGAGAUGUUCAUGCGCCUGCAGACCGAUAUCCUGAACGGCGACCCGCCGCAGAUCUACACCGACUUGAACGGCCACCAGAUGAUCAAGAGGACCAGGAUAGAGAGGAUCGGCAUCGAGGGUAAUUAUUUCCCGAUCACGACGAUGGCGUACAUAGAGGACACGACCCACCGGUUGACGCUGCUGGUGAACCACGGACAGGGAGCGGCGAGCUACCAGCCAGGGUGGCUGGAAGUCAUGCUGGACAGGAGGACGCUGUACGACGACUCCAGAGGCAUGGGCGAGGGUCUCCUGGACAAUCGAAGGACCGUAAUCAAGCAUUGGCUCCUGCUCGAGGACGUGGUCGGGGAGAAGGACCAAUACUCCAGGCCUUCCCUCUUCGCGAAUCGACUCAGCAACGCCUUGAACUAUCCCGUCGACAUGUUCGUCGUCGAGGCCGAGGAGUCCGAGGUGAAGAUGGCCCCGGAAGUCCUGCUGCUCACCCAGAGCUUCCCCUGCGACCUGCACCUGAUGAACCUGAGGACGAUCCACGAUCAGAAGCUCUCCCACUUCCCCUCGAACAGCGCUCUCAUGGUGUUGCAUAGGCAAGGGUACAGCUGCGCGGUGGGAACCGCCACCGUUCCGAAGAAUUGUCCUUUGGGGGACAAGAUAGCGCUGGGGACGACCUUCUUCGGACUGCGCGUCAACGUCACUCGGACCUCGUUGACGGGCACCAAGGUGCAGAAGCACCUGAAGAACGGCCUUCGGGACGUCGACGUGCCUCCUAUGGAGCUGAGUACCUACAAUGUACACUUCGUCCAGUGAAGGUUUUCGUCUUCGGGAGGUUUACGCGCGUUUUUUAUAUAUAUUUUCCAAUAAUUCCAUUAGAUUCGGGCGGCAAACGCGGACGAGCGAUCGGUCGCGUCGAUGGAUCGCGAGGUGUAUUAAAAAGUUGACGACUUCUCGGAGAAGGAAACGAUUAACGGAUUUAAUGACGUAGGGGGUGUUCGAACUUUGCGUCGUCCUACCUCUGAAUGACUUGGGAACAAAAAAGUGAUUCCCUGUCCGACCCGAUGAGCUUGGCGACGAUCGCGAAGGAAUCAUUCAGCACUUGAAACAGGUACCACGUGUAAUGUUGUACAUAUCAGCCGGGACUUUACUACGAGUAACUUUAUCGUGCUAAGGGAAAUAUUGUAAAGCUCACCUAUUUUCAUAUCUCAGCCGUUUUAUUCAUCAAGGAUCUCUCCGAGGAAAGAAAAGACUUUGGGCGAAAUCCGAUCGCGAUGGAUGUAAUAAAACGAAGACGUCACAAGAGCAUGCAAGACCUUUGCGAUCUUUAUGGCGACGUUGGCAGCGUCUUGCAGUUCGCGAUGUGUGCAAUAUUAGGAGGGAAAGAAAGGAAAGAAAGUCUGGGUUGGAGCGCCGAUCUUCCGCAUCCUUGCCGGUCGCUUUAAGUAAAUUUCGUAACACCUUAAAGCGAACCAGAGAAAUGAUCUUAAACGCUACCGUGGAAAGCAUUGUAAAUAAUUCUAAUUAAUUACGUCAACUCAUUGCGAGCUUUACCUCUAAACGUUCACGGUGAUUCACUAGGUCAAGUUGCCAAUACUUGGAAAUUGGGUAUAUUUCUUGGGACUGAGAAGAGAACGAUUUAAUAGAGUUGGCUGGCUAUGAUAUACUCUCCAGAGAUUGUUCAGUGAUUGCGCGCACUUGGCAAUGGACCUGUCGCGUCGUGUGAAUAUAUGACACUCGGGUAAUGUGUGUAUUACUUCGUUUAAAUCAAGAUGAGUAAUAGGUACCAGAAGGCAAAUGCUCGCUGGGUUUCUUUGUUGACUUUGACUCCCUGCGACGAACCUUGGGCAACGGUUAAGUACGUGGGUGUAAAACUGCCGGAGUAAUUCUUGUAAGGGCGACAGCCCGUUAACGAUCUAUUUUAUAAUCGUAAAGUCACCGAGAUCUUGAAACACUUCCAAGGUAUUCCUAUGGGGAAAAAAAAAAAGAAAAAAAAAGAAGCGUUUUCUACAUUUUGCAAAGACGUGUAAGUAUUGUACAGUAAUAACUUGCAUAUACAUAUUAUCUCGGAAUAUCGUGUACGAAUUAAAUAUACAUGUAUACAUAUGCAUAUACCGUUAACUCAAAUGUGCUACUGCCUGCUAACAAGGAAUGUUUUACAUUUCCAAGACAGAUAUAAAAUAUUUAUUCGCUGCCCGGUAAUAGCACAUUUGAAUAUAAAUUCUCACUCGUUGCUCCUGCCUUUGCGAAUUAAUGUUUCAUGUAUAUACAAUUUCCUCUCGCUUUUGAGAUAUUCGAAAAAUGGAGGGAUAAGAGAACGACGUUAAACUCGUGGGGCCCUUUUUACUCCCAUGUACUCGACUAGGAGCCUCAGACGUUUCGCGUCGCGUGUAGGGCGAAAUCGCGUUAAUGAAAUACCACGAAGAACGGUGGGAAAUCCUCGCUUCGCCGACAAUUCUUUCUCGGAACUUGGUCGUGUACGAGCAUGCGAAUCGAGUCGCUUCUGACUUUCAAAUGAUCUGCAUUCCGUAUCGUAUAUUUUCCUAGGCCAACGCGAAACACUUGUACCGAAUAAGGGUAAACGCCCGGGAAAGGUAUCGUGCAGGUGCCGGACGUUGGAAAAAUUCGUAUUAGGAAAAAUUAAUUCGACGGUCAUUAACGAAAGCCAGGCGAGGACGUUAGUACCCCGUUUGUAUCCAUACUGUAACAUACUACGUGUUUUGUGCUGUCUGUAGAGAAGAAGAUAUACGUACACAUAUUAUUUAUAUACACACCUAGGCGCAUGUUAAAACAGAUAUAUGUAUAUAAAAAGAUACGUAUAUUUGAGGCACUCGCAUCGGCUAUGUCGAAACGAAUGGCAGAGAUCUCCGAAAGGAUCGACAGCAUCGCGCGACUAUAUCCUGUUAUUCGUUGUCGGUGUCGUCAAUUCGCCCGUAACUAUGACUAAUCUUACGUUAACUCCUUAAGUUACUAUGUAGUAUUAUAUUUAUUGAAGAAAUAUAGCGAAUGAUUUGGUUCGAUCGUA